AUGUUCGAUCCCUCGAUAUACGCGAACACGAACUUUGCGCCUCACUUGCAACCACCAUCGCGCGUACAACCGCGUCACCAUUCGAUUGCAACAUCUCAUGUCAUCUCCACCGGCACUGCGACGCCCCCACCACCAAGGCAUCAAGUGGCAGGAAACAUGGUCAAAGCGCAACCCGCCUUCAAGCCAACAUGGACAGGGUUCCUUGACACUACGAAAGAUGCCAUGACAGUUGUGGAGGCAGCAUUGCAGGGGCGCCUGAACCACAUUAGCCGUCGACCUCACGACAAAGAACGAGCGGAAAUGCUCACCUCAGGAACAGUUCUUGUCUAUGAAGAAAACGCGUCCGGUAUCAAACGCUGGACUGACGCCGUGCACUGGUCACCGAGCCGAGUCAUGAACAACUGUCUGAUCUAUCGACAAUUGACCCGAGCUUUGAAACCUGAAGAGAAGAAGACUGCCCUCAAUCCUUCUUGCGGUACGAAGCGCAAGCGCAAGGAGAGCGCCGGGCCCUCAAUCACUAAGAUCGGUGACAAUUGUAACAACUCUGACGAUGAGUAUGAGAGUCCCUCACUUGAGGGAUCAUUCCCGGGCGAGGGCGAUUCUGCAGGCAAAGUCUAUGCCAACUUCGCACAAGAUCUUACCCCCGACCAACAACGACGUUUUUGUGGAUCUCUUAUCGACAGCUACGAAUUCAAAGAAGGAGGGUUGAUGAAGAAGACUAUCUCAGUAAAGUACCAGGGUACCCAUCACCAUGUCAUCUCCUACUACAGUCUGGAAGACGUCGUGAACGGCAAGCUCAAGCGACCAUUCCAGGAUCCCAGGCUUGAGCAUAUACAACCGCGACCAGAACUCCUCACUGGCUGGAAGGUUAGCUUGGAGGAUGAGGAGAGCAAGGACAUGCCGCUCAUUGCGGGCUACCCCCAACACCUCCAGCCCAGCCACAUGCAACACCAUACUAUCACGGCCGUGACACAAACUUACCACCCUGCACCACCUCAUCCAGCGGCGUACUACGUCGAAGAUGCCAAAUACCCACCCAACACCCAGCACGGUUACUAG